AUGGCGCCCGACGAGAACCAGCGCAGUCACCCCAAGAGGCAGCCCUCGACAAGAACCCCGCCUCGCCGACGAGAUCGGGCUACGUCUGAGGCUCUGGUGACGGACGGCUUCGUGCUUCCCGCCCUCGAAGCACCUGCUGAUGCGCCUCCGGCGUACGGAAGCCAUCAUGACCAGCUUCAGUUCAAGCGUAGUGGAUUUGACGCCGAGGCGGCUGUAACAGGCGAUGGAAGAAUUAACAUUAAUAUCAACACCAAGAACCACAGGCUUGCUGAGCUUCUUGCGCCAAGUAUCGCCAACCAAAUAGCCGUGACGGUCCAGCCGACACGGCCACCGGUAUACACCCUCCCGAGUCUCGCUGGUGAGCCUGGCAAGCAGCCUCCACCGCGGCUCAAUGUCGUGAUUCAAAUUGUUGGGUCGCGUGGCGAUGUCCAGCCCUUUGUUGCGCUAGGAAUAGUCCUCAAGGAAAAGUAUGGCCAUCGGAUCCGCAUUGCAACGCACCCGACGUUCCAGAAGUUUGUCGAAGAGAAUGGCCUUGAGUUCUUCAGCAUAGGGGGAGAUCCCGCCGAGCUAAUGGCUUUCAUGGUGAAGCAUCCAGGACUCAUGCCUGGUCUGGAUGCUUUGAAGAGCGGCGAGAUCGGCAAGCGCCGCAGAGGUGUUCAAGAGAUGCUGCUUGGGUGCUGGAGAUCUUGCAUUGAAGCGGGUGAUGGACUGGGACCACCGCCGGAACCACACAGAAAACUCGAGCCCUGGGAUCCGGAUGCUGGUAUGCCUGGAGAUCCAAAUCACGAGCCCUUUGUGGCCGACGCGAUUAUUGCGAACCCGCCUAGUUUCGCUCAUGUUCAUGUUGCAGAGAAGCUUGGUAUUCCUCUGCACAUGAUGUUUACAAUGCCUUGGUCACCUACGCGAGCGUUCCCUCACCCACUGGCGAAUGUCCAAUACUCGAAUGCCGACGAUGUUCUCACAAACUAUUUGACUUAUACUCUGGUUGAAAUGAUGACAUGGCAGGGAUUAGGAGACAUCAUCAACCGAUUCCGUGAGAGCGCAUUAGAUCUGGCUCCCCUCUCGCUUAUCUGGGCUCCGGGUCUUCUCAACAGAUUGAAGAUCUCUUACACUUACUGUUGGUCACCGGCGUUGAUUCCGAAACCGAAUGAUUGGGGCUCGCAUAUUGAUAUAUCGGGAUUUUACUUCUUGAAUCUUGCUUCCUCGUUUACUCCAGAACCUGAUCUUGCCGCCUUUUUAGAGGCUGGCCCUCCUCCAGUCUAUAUCGGCUUUGGCUCCAUUGUGGUUGACGACCCAAAUGCCAUGACCAGGAUGAUAUUUGAUGCUAUCCACCUUGCUGGCGUCCGAGCUCUGGUGUCGAAAGGCUGGGGAGGCUUGGGAGCUGAUGCGGUGGGACUACCGGAUGGCGUAUUCAUGCUUGGCAAUGUUCCUCACGACUGGCUCUUUGAAAGAGUUUCUUGCGUCGUUCACCAUGGAGGAGCUGGAACAACCGCCGCUGGUAUAAAAGCUGGUAAACCCACCCUUGUGGUUCCCUUCUUCGGGGACCAGCCAUUUUGGGGCGCCAUGAUCGCGAGAGCCAAAGCCGGACCUGAUCCGAUUCCCUACAAGGCGUUGACAGCAGAAAAUCUUGCUGAGGCGAUCCAAUUCUGUCUCAAACCGGAAACGCAAGAUCAAGCAAAAGCGCUUGGCCACAGGAUUCGUGAAGAAAACGGCACAGAAACGGGCAGCCGAAGCUUUCAUAACCACCUUGACAUCGAUUCUCUGCGCUGUUCCGUAGCCCCCAGUCGAGCUGCGGCUUGGCGCCUGAAAAGAACAAAGGUGCGGCUUAGCCCACUGGUUGCUGCGGUCCUCGUCAAGCAAGGCCUCUUGAAGUAUACCGAUCUUAAACUAUACCGCCUUUACGAGUACAAUACGGAGGAUCAGCCUCCCGAUCCAAUCUCAGCAGGUGCUUGCUCUCUUGUUACUGACAUUAGCGACAUUGGCAUGGCCAUAGUGGAUAUGCCUUUGGAUAUACUGAAAAGCCCUAAAAAAGCUAGAGAAUCUUUAAAGGACAGUGGCAGUCAGGCUAGCGGCGAUGAUAGUGAUACAGGAUCAAAACGAAAUUCGACUCUGGACCGUCCUGGUGUUAAGUCACCAGUAAGGACCAGCGGAGAAUCUGCCGGAGAAACAAGCGCUACCUCAGGACAGCUUACCCAGUUUCCGACAGUGCCAACGCAAAUUGGUCGAACAAGAUCCCCGACCGUCGAGAGCCAGGGCAGCCGUUCAUCAUCUCGCCGAAGGGCACUCUCUGCAGCCGCGACUAUGGAGGCUGCAGUGGGCACGACAAAAAACGUCGGGCGUAUCGUGACUACAGGAGUAAAGUCGCCCAUGAACUUCUGUCUUGGGCUCGCAAAAGGUUUCAGGAAUAUCCCGCGGUUGUAUAACGACGACACCGUUCGAUCAAUUGAAAAGGUCACAGAUUUCAACAGCGGCGUGCGUGUUGCUGGGAAAGAGUUUGGGUUCGGCCUUUAUGACGGCAUUUCAGGACUGUUUACGCAGCCAAUGAGAGGAGCACAGAAAGAGGGCGCUGCUGGGCUGAUCAAGGGCAUUGGAAAGGGCAUUGGAGGAAUCAUGACGAAGCCUGCGGCAGGUUUUUGGGGUCUCCCAGCAUACGUGAUGCAGGGUGCCUAUGCUGAACUGAACAAAUUCCUAUCAAGAAGUGUGCAGAAUUACAUCAUCACAUCAAGGGUUGUUCAAGGUGAACGGGACCUGCAGAGUGCGUCAGAGGGAGAGAAAGCCGAUAUCAUCUAUCGCUGGAACCAAGACUCUGAUUUGAAAAUCAUUCAAGAAACAAAACUGAGGGGACAAGACAGGGAACAUUCCAGAGUCGGGUCUGGAGGCGGUCCGACCUCUUGGUUUCCUACCCUCCAGGAUGGGCGGCGUCAAAUGGGGGCUGCAUUGGAGGAAAAGCCGCGGCGACAACGAUCGCGAUCAGGCCGAAUCCCAAGGCGCCUUUCCCUUUCCCGCUCCUCCUCUCCUGCGCCGGUGAAUUGGGAAGAAUCACUCAAUGCCGACGCAGAAUUUGAGGAAGCCAUCAUGGCCUCUGUCAGAGAGACUUCUCGCGGAGAUGAUGAAGAAGACGCCAUGAUUGAAAUAGCUAUUCGCGAGAGCAUCAUGGCGAUGCAGCAGCAGGGCUCUUCUCUACCUGAUCCCGUUCGCCUGAAAACAGAAGGAAGUAAGAAUUCAGACGUCUUCGAAGACGAGGAGUACAAAAUUACGGAUGAAGAGUAUCAGAAUCUCAUCGAGCAGGCCAUUCGCGAGAGCUUGACUGGGCACGAGAAAGAACUUUCUAUCCUGCCAGGUUCCAGCUCACGGGACCUCGACAUCAAGUUUGCGCAGACUGAUGAGCCGCGCAGCAGUGGCCCAGCAUUUACCCCAAAUACCAACGAAGAUGCCGACUUACAGCGGGCCAUUGAUGAGUCCCGCAAGGUGCCUCCUACUUUGCCCCCGCGAGAGAAAGAAGACGAUGAGGAGGAACACUUCCGGAGGGCUGUUGAGGCAUCGAUGAAUGAAAUGGAGCGGUUGAAGAAAGAGAAGACGGAGGAAGAGAUUGUUAUGGAAUAUGUCAAGAAGCAGAGCUUGGCCGAGGAAGAAUUUAAGAAUCGGAAGGAUCCUAAAGGCAAAGGGAAAGAGGUAUCUGAAGUUGCGAGUAAUGCUAGCGAUGACGAGGAGCUAAAACGGGCUAUUGAGGAGAGUUUGAGGAUAAAUGGCGGAGACGGCGAUGGGCCGUCAGGGUUGUAA